GAGACAGAGCAAAGAGAGGGAGGGAGAAGGGGAGAGGGAGAGAAAAAAAACGACACAUAGCUUGGGCUAAAAACAUUCUGAUUCAGUGAAAGUCACCUAUUUCGCAACCAAACACUGCAAGCUGACACAUUGAUUGGAUUUUUUUAGCAUUUCAUACCGCUUCUUAACCAGAUAUGACCGUUCCUUCUGUGAUCAGAAAACUGUGACUGCAGGAAGAAAUCAGCACAAAUGUCAUUGAGAUGGAACUGAGCAAAUUUGGCAGCAGAAGCAGAAUUUGACAACUCACCGGUUUUCUUGUUUGCAAGAAAUGACUCGAAACUUCACAUCAGUAGUAUUUCCCAAAGGGUUAGCUAGAUGCGUGGGAAUUUUCAUCUUAAAGGUCAGCUAAAACUUGUCCUUUCCUCCACGAAACUAUUUUGGAAUCCCUGCAACUUGAAAAGAAAACAGGAAACUCGUCAAAUCGGCUUUAUAGAAACUGAAGGCGCAACAUCUGCAUAAUUGCAAGGCUUUUGGCAUUGUCCCAGAUUUCGAAGUAGGGGAAAAGUGACGAUUUUGAUCUUACCAUAAAAGUGAGAGUACUCUUGCCUUCUCUCCUUAGUAAGCCAAGAAAAUAACGAAAUAUAUAUUUACAGCUGCUCUUAUACCUGAUUUUUUAUUAUUAAAAUGCUUUCAGGGCUGAGGACACCGGAUCUGAUGUGUUGUUGUUGUCAUUAAAUACCUAUCAGCCGUGCACAGAAAAGGAAAAGUGCAAUUGGCAGGCAAGAAACUGUUUGGCAGUAGCCUCUGAUCCAUGUUCAUAAAGCACUUGAAACCCAGUUAGAGCCCAGCCCCUCCGUCUGAUGUACAUUAACUCUGUACCAAGGAGUGGUUAAUCGAACGCGGCACACAUGGAUUGCAGUGUGCUCCAUCCGACCAGAUCACAAAGCUCUACGCACAAGGAUUGGUCACGCAACCAACUGACUGUUUUUGUGUACCAUUACUGCUUACAGUAUUAAAAGUCUUUGGCUGAAUAAUCUACAGAGCUUGCCUGUUGCAGCUUCGAUACUGAGAAGACAGAAUGAGGAUCGCAAGCUGACGCUCUUUUACUCCAGACCUCUUUAUGCUCUCAUAUCCGAGUUGGGAACAAUCCAGACAGCUUUUUUUCCUCCUCUAACCUUCUUCGACGCCUCUUUUUUUUCCUCUCCAACUUCCUAUCUGCGUGACUGUCCUGCCUCCUUGGUUUCGUGUAUGAAUCCCCCCGCAGUCCCAGCGUGGAGUGGCUUUGGAUCUUGGGGGCUGAAAUAAGUCUCCCCAAAGGGUGAAGCAUGCCGAGAAGGAAGCAGCAAGCGCCCAGGCGCGCCGCAGCGUACGUUUCAGAUGAAAUGAAAGCUGCUGUACUCGCUGAUGAAGAAAUCGAACCUGAUGAUGCUGUUGACAGUGAGCCUUCGAUCAAGUUUAUGUGCGCUGAAACAGAAUUUAACAAAGAAUGCCAUAGUUACCAGAACUCUCCAGUUGCAGAAUUCUCAAGUCAUGAAAUGGACAGCGAGUCACAUAUCAGUGAGGCAAGUGAUCGAAUGGCAGACUUUGAAAACAGUUCUAUUAAAAAUGAAGAGGAGAAUAAAGAAGUUGCAGUGCCACUUGAGGAAGCUGCAGUGACUGAUAGCUUAGAGCAAAUGAAAGCAGUAUACAAUAAUUUUCUUUCCAACUCUUAUUGGUCGAACCUGAGUUUGAAUCUCCAGCAGUCCGCUGCAGAAAAGAACCAUGGCAGUAGCAGUAGCAGCAGCAGCAGUAGUAGUAGUUGUGGUAGUGGUAGUUUUGACUGGCACCAGACGGCAAUGGCAAAAACACUGCAGCAAGUCUCUCAGAGUAGACUCCUUCCAGAGCCAAGUCUUUUUAGCACAGUUCAGUUGUACAGGCAAAGCAGUAAGCUGUAUGGGUCAAUAUUUUCAGGGGCUAGUAAAUUCCGUUGCAAAGAUUGCAGUGCUGCUUAUGACACUUUGGUCGAACUAACUGUGCACAUGAAUGAAACAGGACAUUACAGAGACGAUAACCAUGAGACUGAUAAUAACAAUCCAAAAAAAUGGUCAAAACCUCGUAAAAGAUCUCUGCUUGAAAUGGAAGGCAAAGAGGAUGCACAAAAAGUUCUGAAAUGUAUGUACUGUGGUCAUUCAUUUGAGUCUCUGCAAGAUCUCAGUGUUCACAUGAUUAAGACAAAACACUACCAAAAAGUGCCUCUCAAAGAACCAGUUACACCAGUAACACCAAAAAUUAUUUCUGGUACUAAAAAGAAGGUCUGUGUGGAGUUUGAUUUACCAAGCUCACCAGACUCCACAGGUGGAACACCAAAACCAACCCUUUCAGACUCAGCAGAUAGUCUUCAGAAGUCAUCAAAUCCCUAUAUUACUGCUAACAAUCGCUAUGGUCAUCAAAAUGGAGCCAGCUACGCUUGGCACUUUGAGGCAAGGAAAUCUCAGAUUCUUAAAUGCAUGGAGUGUGGAAGUUCCCAUGACACAUUGCAGGAACUCACAGCCCAUAUGAUGGUGACAGGGCAUUUCAUAAAAGUUACCAACUCUGCACUGAAAAAGGGGAAGCCUGUUGCUGAAUCACCAGCAGUACAAGUUACUGUCACGCCUCUUGUCGAGGACAAAGUGCAGUCGGUACCCCUGGCUGCAACAACCUUCACAUCACCCUCAAGCACACCUUCAAGUGUAUCACCAAAAAUGAGAACAGAAGUGCCAAAGGAGAAAGAAAAAGAUAAACUAACUUCUGAGGAUGUGCCUAGAGAAAAGGAAAAGUCACUUGAUGAAGAAGAUGAAAAAUUUGAUACCACCUCAAAGUACCACUAUUUAACAGAACACGAUCUAGAAGAGAGCCCCAAAGGGGGACUAGAUAUCUUAAAAUCAUUAGAAAACACAGUGACAUCUGCAAUUAAUAAGGCACAAAAUGGCACACCUACCUGGGGUGGCUAUCCCAGUAUUCAUGCUGCAUACCAGCUUCCAAGCAUGAUGAAAUUAUCAUUAGGCUCACCUGGGAAAGCUGUACCUUUGAAGUCUAUGUUUGGAAGUACAGAAAUGAUUUCUCCAACAAAAAGUCAGCCAUUAAUUUCACCACCCAGCAAUCCAGCAUCCCCGGUUCCCAAAAAUAAUUUCCAUGCUAUGGAAGAGCUGGUAAAAAAAGUUAGUGAAAAGGUGGCAAAAGUUGAAGAAAAAAUGAAAGAACCAGAAGAAAAAAUAUCCCAACAAAAAUGCUCAACCCCAUCCCCAUGUAACAGUGAACCUAGUGAUCCAAUUAAGUUUGAUUCCACUUUGGAUGAUGGUUAUAAAAGUCAGGAACAUAGCCCUGCCGUUUUACAAAGUACCAUUGCAAACAGCCCUGUGAAAGAAUUAGUGGAAAAUGACACGGAUCAUAGAAAGCCAUCGCCAACUAAUGUGAGCAGCACAGCUAUCAUUACUGACCAUCCUCCUGAGCAGCCAUUUGUAAAUCCUUUAAGCGCAUUACAGUCUGUCAUGAAUAUCCAUCUUGGAAAGGCUGCAAAGCCAUCCUUGCCCACUAUGGACCCCAUGAGUAUGCUGUUCAAAAUGAGUAACAGUUUAGCUGAAAAGGCUGCUGUGGCUGCUCCACCUUUUCAGGUGAAAAAAGCAGACCACUUGGACCGCUAUUUCUAUCAGGUUAGCAAUGAUCAGCCUAUAGAUUUAACGAAGGGAAAGAGUGACAAAAGCUGCUCUUUGGGUUCUCCACUUUUGUCACCUACAUCAACAUCAUCUGUUUCUUCUCUGUCUACAGUCACAACAACAAAGACAUCUGCAGUUGUGUCAUUUAUGUCCAAUUCCCCUCUGCGUGAGAAUGCCUUGUCAGAUAUAUCUGAUAUGCUGAAAAAUCUGACAGAAAGUCAUGCAUCAAAGUCCUCUACACCAACCAGCAUAUCUGAGAAAUCUGACAUCGAUGGCACCACAUUAGAAGAACCAGAAGAGACUACACCAGCUCAGAAAAGGAAGGGGCGACAAUCAAACUGGAAUCCACAGCAUUUACUUAUUUUGCAGGCACAGUUUGCAGCCAGUUUGCGUCAGACAUCAGAGGGAAAGUACGUAAUGUCAGACCUAAGCCCACAGGAAAGAAUGCACAUUUCCAGGUUUACAGGACUUUCCAUGACAACAAUUAGUCACUGGCUGGCAAAUGUAAAGUACCAGCUUCGAAGGACAGGUGGAACAAAAUUUCUUAAAAACUUGGACACUGGUCAUCCAGUGUUCUUUUGCAAUGACUGUGCUUCACAAAUUAGAACUCCAUCUACAUACAUAAGUCACCUUGAGUCACAUCUAGGUUUCAGGUUAAGAGACUUGUCAAAGCUUUCCAGUGAACACAUUAACAGUCAAAUAGCACAAACAAAGUCACCAUCAGAAAAAUCGGUGGCUUCAUCUCCAGAUGAAGAGACUGGAACUUCUUACCAGUGCAAACUGUGUAAUCGAACUUUUGCUAGUAAGCAUGCUGUUAAACUUCAUCUUAGCAAAACACAUGGGAAAUCCCCAGAGGACCAUCUUCUGUAUGUUACAGAAUUAGAAAAACAAUAGCAUUUGGUUUUGAUUAGAACUAUUGUUCGCUUUGAGGGACACUGUCAAAGAAGCCUUAAAGCUACUGUUUCAUUCUUUUUUUGGGUUUUUUUGGCACACAUUUAAGCUUAACACCAGAGUAAUAUUCUGGCUAGAACUGUUUUGUAUACCUGUACAGUCUUUAACAGAGGUGCAUAAUCAGCUGUUGUUACUGAUAGAAUAUGAAGGUUGAAUAAUGCAGUGGUAAGUGUCUGGAACUUUGUGUAAAUUGGAUUUAGUUGCUGUGCAUCCAUGGGAUGCAGAAAGCUGCAUGCAUUAAAAGACCAUUUAGUUAAGCAUUUAUAUUGGACUCUGGUGCACUUUUUGUGUGAUCAAAGUGUGCUGGUCUGUAUUAGCCUUUGAUCUUUAGCCCUCUGAGUACUGUUGAAGCACUUCUAUAUUCAUUUUGAAAAAUGUUACUAUGUUAAUAUUCUUACUGGCUGGAAGUCAUAUUUAAGAAUGCUGAGCCUCUGUUUUAUUAGCCAGGGAAUAUCCUUUAUGCCUUGGUGUUCUGGAGUCUAAUUUCACUUUAAAAUUUUAAAUGUAUAUCUUGUAUAAAGUUGUAGAAUCUCAGUGAGACUAUACUUCAGUUGAUGGUAAUGUCAUUAUUUUGUUAUUUUAUGGAAGGAAUGUGUCAAUAAGGUAGACAUGCUGCUGAUACAAGUCAUGUCUUUAUAAUGUAUAUUUCUGUGUAAGAAUAUAGAUUGCCAGCGUCAGCAGUGUAAAUUAUGCAAAGUUAUGACAAAUACAAUGUAUAAAAUAUUCAACCUGUAUUAUUAACGAUGGUAUGACCAUUUAUUAUCCAUGGAAAUAUAUGGAUCCUUAAAAUGUACAUAUUUAUUACCUGCUAUGUUCAUUUCACAGUUUAUUUUGAACACCUUGAACAAUAUGACUUACAGAUACCAGUACAAUACAUUUCUAUAACUUCUGAAUGUGUUUUUUUUUUCAUAUUGUAACUUUUACAACUAUUUGAAAAAAUGUUUGACAGAACUAUUAAAUUCAGUGCUCAAAGGGUUAAACUAUUGCAACUUGUACUGUAUUUCCUAAACACUGAAAAGAAAAACCUUAUAAAAGGGUUUAUAAGUUCCUGCAAAAGUUGUUAGGCAUUCUGUGAUAUUACUUCAUUCACUUAUUUAUAAGCAAUCUUGGUUGUUAUUUUCAUUGUAGAAUGCCUUUUUUAUUCCAAUUGGUAACUUUUUUUUGUUCUGUCUAAUUAUUCUCCCAUGAUUCCAUCCUGCUGCUUUAUCUUUAGGCAUAUAAAAGGUAACCCGUGGUUACCAGCACACUGAGCAAUUCUGUUUGUCUCCAUUUUUGGCAGUUAAUUUGCAGAGGUAACUGACAGCUGACACCCUAUGAGAAUCUAUGUAUAAAUAUUGGCAUGUAAACAGCACAGACACUGUAAUGCACUCUGUGCCCUGUUUUUGUGUUGACAAAGAAGCACCAUUAUAUGACUCUUCAUAUUACCUUUUUUUCUACAACAUUAAAAUGUCUUUUUGCUAUGA